AUGUCGGCCUUCACCGCCCUUAAUGGGGGCUCACCACCAAAGACGUCAGAACCGUCAACCCAACCCGCCGAUGCAAACAGGGCAUCGCCAGAUGAGCGCACCAAUGGCACAACUGCACAUUCUGAACCCAAAUCAUCCACCACUGCAGAGCCCUCAACCAGCCAAAGAGAAAGCUGGGCCGGCCCAAGCCAGGACAGGUCACCGUACCACUCAACUAAUUACCCUGAUGUUGAUGGCACCCUCAAGAGGAAACGCUCAGACUCACCGCCGCGGAGAGAUGCUCCCUCAACUCAAGAGAGAUCUCCAGACGCGGUAACUCAACCUCGUCCACCAGAAUCACGUGAUCCGUAUAGAUCGCCUCCACGCGAUCAUCGCCCUUUCGGUGAGCGCGAAGAACAGCGUGAACAGGGUGAUUCAUGGUAUUCCCGGGACGGGCGUGACAGAGAAGACCGGAGCUACUAUGACCAGCCUUCCACGACAUCCGCUGAGGGCCAAUCCGAGGAACAGAUUGGAGAAGCUCUGAGGAGGGCAAAUCAGAUGGACAGCCAGUGUGACUACGACAAUACCAGCCCUGAUGGCGAUGACAGAACCAUGACUUACAGCCCAUACACGCCUACCAGCGGCUCUCGCGACCCUGCGCUGCAGUCUGACCCCAAGAAGAGGAAACGUAACUUCAGCAACCGCACCAAGACCGGAUGCAUGACUUGCCGUAGGAGGAAGAAGAAGUGCGACGAGCAGAAGCCAGAGUGUAGCAACUGCAUCCGCGGUGGCUUCGUCUGCGCAGGAUAUCCACCUCAACGCAACGCCGCAUGGCAGAAGCCUGACAACAAGGCCGCUGCCAUCCCGCUGGAAUCCAAAGAUCCGAGCUACGUUCCGCCUGGUGCUUACGGUAUGCCCCAACCUCAGCCGCAACCUCAACCUCAACCUCAGUCCCAGCCCCAGCCCCAGCCCCAGCCUCAACCUCAGCAUCAACCCCAGCACCAAACCCAGCACCAGCCUCAGCAUCAGCCCCAGCCUCAGCCUCAGCACCAGCAAGCCCCUUACGGUAGCCAACCUGCCAUUGGACAGAGGCGGGAGCCUUUGCCUCAUUAUCGAGGACAGCCGCUGAGAAUAGACACUCCGCAAGGUCGACCUAUAAUGACGGAUGACGAUCGGCCAACGGCCUCGACAUUAUCAACAUCCGUGAUUUCGAACCCGUUAUCUGGGUCGACCUUGACUCCUUCGACGAUACCUAGCGCGAAUAGUGCUACGAGUCCCGAGAAUAGCAAGUUGUCUCCUGGCAACCCCUAUAACUUCUCCUCGGCGACCCAGAGCCCGCAUCAACAAAUACCCUACGCCGAAAGAAAAGAAUACCAACGUGUUCCGCCCCUCCACGAUCUCAGCAGAACUGCCAACGAUCCCGACACCCCCCACCCAGCCCCCACGCUACCUCAGAUCAAUAUCCUGCACCCGACGAGAUCAAACAGCCCGACUUCCCAGCCACCGGUGACAAGCAAUGUCCAGGUCGCCGCGCAGCUAGCACUCUCGCAUACGCAGUUCUCCGGGAACAGCCGGCCUAGAACACAAAAGGAGGAGAUGCUUUCGGGCAGACAGUAUUACCCCUUCGACAAGGAGCUUGUGCUGGAACGUGAGCGUUGCAGCGCAGCCUGCUGGCGGUUCAACAACUCUACGAACCCCAACAAUGGCGUGUCGCCGAACGAGAGAGCACGCCUGUUCCGCGAAAUCCUGCAGCCACGCGACCCCAUACAGAUUUCGCCAACGACCGCAUCCCCCGUAACAAACGUCGGUAGGGUGGGUGAGAGCGUGGUGGUUGAAGCGCCUUUCGUCUGUGACUACGGUUACAACAUCACCAUCGGACAAAACGUCAUUGUCGGGCGCAACUGCACCAUCAUUGACGUGUGUGAGGUCAAAAUCGGAGACAACUGCCACAUCGGACCCAACGUGAGUAUUUACACCGCCACGUUGCCCACCGACCCCAAGCGACGAAUGGGAAGCAAGGGCCCGCAGCUCGGCCAGCCGGUCACUAUUGAGGCGGACUGCUGGAUUGGUGGAGGAGUCAUUAUCCUGCCCGGAAGGACAGUCGGAAAGGGAAGCACCGUUGGUGCUGGUUCUGUCGUUACAAAGGACAUUCCCCCAUUCACUGUCGCUGUCGGCAACCCGGCGAAGGUGAUGCGUGGCAUCGGCCCUUAA